AUGCGCCCUUUGGGCUACCUCUCACUCUAUCCCUCUCCCUGCCCCUCAAUCCUUCACUGUCCCUAUUCCUCUCCUUUAAACCCUCUCGACCCCUAUCCCUCUCUCCUGACCUCUCUCGACCCCUCUCCCUCUCCCUUGAUCUUUCUCGACCCCUCUCCCUCUCCCUCGAUCUCUCUCUACCCUCUCCUCUCCCUCGAUCUCUCUAUACCCCUCUCCCGCUCCCUCGAUCUCUCUCUACCCCUAUCCCUGUCCCCUGAUCUCUCUCGACCUGUCCCUUUCUCCCCAAAUCCUCUCCCAACUCCUCUCCCUCCUACUCUCUCUCACCUCGUCUCAUCCCUUCCCCGGACCCUAUCGCUCCCCCUGUCCCUUUCCCUUUCUCGCCCUCUCUCCUCAUGCCUCCCUCUCUCAUCCUUCCCUAAACUCUCACCUCCUCUCCAUCGCUUUCCUUCCCUCUCACUCUUCUCCGUCAUCCCUCUCCGCCCCUACCCUGCCUCUUUUCCUAUCGUGAGUGCUUCCUCUAUCCGACGUGCCACCCCUGGGGUAGAAGCUGCUCCCUCUGGGGGCGAAGGUGCACCCUCUGGGAGCGGAGGUGCUCCCCUAGUGGGCGCGGGCGGAGCUGUUCCCCCUGCGGGCGGAGCUGUUCCCCCUGCGGGCGGAGGUGUUAUUUUUGGGGGCGGAGCUGCUCCCCCUGGGGGCGGAAAAUCCACCCCAGGGGGGAAAACGGCUGGGGGAAGAGGGGAAUACGUGUGA